AAUAGGAAUGAAGGUGAAGGGAUUCUUGCGUAACCGUCGAUUGACAGUGUGGGCCCAUCUGGCGCCAUUCAUUCCAUUUUCUCGACAAAUCUACUCUUUCUUUCUCCAUAAUAAUAUACAUAUAUAUCUCUUCCUCUUCUCAAAACACAGACCCUAAGAAGAAGAAGAGAAUGGGAGUCGAUUACUACAAUAUAUUGAAAGUCAAUCGGAAUGCUACAAACGAAGACCUCAAGAAAGCAUACCGUCGAUUGGCUAUGAUAUGGCAUCCCGACAAAAACCCUAAAAACAAGCGUGAGGCUGAAGCAAAGUUCAAGCAGAUCUCCGAGGCCUACGAUGUCCUCACCGACUCACAGAAGCGUCAGAUCUACGAUCUCUACGGCGAGGAAGCUCUCAAAUCCGGCCAGGUCCCUCCGCCGCCUUCCUCUUCUCGCGGCGCCCCUUCUCAUUACUACCACCAUAACCAGCACCCUAACCCUAACUUUCGUUUUAAUCCGAGGGAUGCAGCUGAUAUUUAUAACGAGGUCUUUUCCGAUUCUGUCCCCCCCGCCUCCAACACCGCUCCCAGCAGGUCUAGGACUUUUAAAGACGGUUUCUCCAGAACAACCACCACCGGAGUAGGAGAUUACGGUAACUCUUCCUCCUCGGCUACACCGAGGAAAGCUGCUCCUGUGGAAAACACCCUUCCCUGCAGUUUGGAGGACCUUUAUAAAGGUGCAAAGAAGAAGAUGAAAAUCGCUAGGAAGAUUACAGAUUCAUCCGGUAUUGCUCGGGAUUUGGAUGAGAUAUUAACCAUUGAGAUAAAGCCUGGAUGGAAGAAAGGCACGAAGAUAACAUUUCCUGAAAAGGGCAAUCUGGAUCCAGGCAUUAUUCCAGCAGAUCUUGUAUUUGUUGUAGAUGAGAAACCUCAUUCAGUUUACAGCAGGGAUGGUAAUGAUCUGAUUAUUGAACAAGAUAUUACCCUUUUGGAGGCCCUCACUGGAAAAACAAUCGAGCUCACAACUCUAGAUGGAAGGAAUGUUAUGAUCCCAGUAACCAUCAUAAUAAAACCCGGGUAUGAGCUGAUUGUUCCAAACGAAGGAAUGCCAAUCUCUAAAGAACCUAGGAACAAAGGCAAUUUAAGGAUCAAGUUCAAUGUCAUUUACCCAUCAAGACUUACAGCGGAACAGAAAAUCGAGCUUAGGAGAGCCCUGGGCGGAGCCUCCUCAUCUUGACGACGCUAAUUUUCUUGUAAAUAUCCCUGAAUUGCUGCUACUAGAUCUGCUAUUCAAGAUCAUAGCUGUGGGUAAAACAUCAAAUGGAGAUUAAGGGUUCAUAUACUUUUCUUUUCUUUUCAUUUUUGAUGAUAAGUUAGGAGAUUCUUUACUACUAAGAAGAAGAAGAAGAAUAGUAGUUCAUUCUUUACAAGUAUUUAUUUUUGUGGGUUUAAUAUAUCUAUUGUUAUGUGAUUCUCUCAAGACUUUAUAAUAGAUUUUUGGGUAUUCUUAUUCU